CAUUAGAUUAAUUAUAAACAAAUACAAAAACUCUUUGUGAUUGUUUAGAUGAUUUAUGAAAUAAAAAAAAUGAAACUAAACUGGAUGAUUACAUGGGUUUUCAUUAUGGUGGAACAAGUAAACAGUGAAAAUAGAGGUAUACAGUCUGGAAACUGCUUACCCUACAAAGCAGUAAUCAUAUGGGAUACAUAUACAGAGGGAUAUCGCUUCUUCUAUUACCAGAGAGUAUUUAUUGUAAAACUUAUCAACGAAAUGCCUGAUAACUCAAAAAUCUAUUUGAAAAUAUUCGGCUCAGAUACAACUUCAUUCCUUCAUUUUGACAAAGAUCAUUUAAAUGAUACUUGGGUAGAAAAAAUAGCAGGAAUAAAUGAUCCUGCACGAUUUAGAAAUACUUCAAUAUCAUUUGAAAUAAUCAAAAAUGACGUUUUUGAUAUUUUAAAUACGAGUAUGGCUGUAGAAUAUUUCUUUGUCGUGAAUGAAUGUUCUAAAAUAGAGGAACAAGUUAUUAAGAUGCUACAAAAACAAAAAACGUUUGUGGCGUUUUCUGGGGAUACUGAUCCAUCUGCUGUUUGGACAAGACUUUCUACAAACAAGGAUCAUUUGAUAAAACUCAACGACGAUAUACAUGGCUCCUUGGGACCUUUCGUAGAUAUCUUAUGUACAGAUUCAUUACUGAUGUGUGACACCGACAUGUAUUGGAAUGGGUUUCGAUGCUACAGAUGUUCGUAUAUAUGUACUAGUAUUCCCUCCGAAUUCUGCCAGAAAGAAUGCCCCUAUUAUGGAAUACAGACAAGAAAUGGAAAACAGCCUGAAUCCACAGAUAGUGAUUGUGGUAUUCUUCAUAGUUUCUCCACACGAAGUUAUGUAAUUCUCACUUUUGUAACUAUUUCACUGGUUUUUCUAUGCAUUCAUAUCGGAGUUAUUUUGAAAAACGAAUGUGAUAAAAAAAAAGAAUAA